AUGAGUAUUAUGAGCUAUAAUGGAGGAACCAUUCUUGCUAUGGCGGGGAAUGAAUGUAUCUGUAUUGCGUCAGAUUUGAGAAUAGGAGAGCAAAUGACUACAGUGGCCGUCGAUCAAAAAAAGGUGCACAAAAUUGCUGACAAAGUUUACGUGGGUCUUUCCGGAUUCGGUUCUGACGCGAAAACAGUAUUGGAAAAAAUAACGUUCAGAAAAACGCUGUACGAACUUCGAGAAAAUCGCAAAAUCAAGCCCGCCGUACUAGCCACAAUGAUUUCAAAUCUUGCCUAUCAACAUCGCUUUGGCUCAUUUUUCACUGAGCCUCUUGUAGCUGGUCUCGAUCCAGAUACCAACAAGCCAUACAUUUGCAGCAUGGACACAAUCGGAUGCAUUGCUUCUCCGAAGGAUUUUGUUGCUGUUGGUACCGGACAGGAAUAUCUGCUUGGUGUUUGUGAGAGUUUUUGGAGGGAGAAUAUGAACCCAGAAGAACUAUUUGAAGCCACUGCUCAAUCUAUGUUGUCAUGUUUGGAAAGGGACGCAGCAUCUGGGUGGGGUGUUGUAAUCUAUACGAUUACAAAGGAUAAGCUUUAG